UUUUCGCUUUUGCCGAGGAGAUCGGCUCAAGUGUGUGAUUACACAGCGAGCGUCUGAGGCCGCACGUCCUCGGUCUGUCAGGGAGGCACGGACGGACGGACGGACGGUCGGUCUGAGCAGCGCCCGGUGGCGGUCCAGCCCGGUCUGACUGGUCCACAGGGUGACCUGGAGUCGAGGGCAACGUCCAGCCGUUGGAGGACUGUCAGGAAAAAGAACAGUUUGAAGCUUCGGUCUGGAAAGAAGGGGACUAGCCAGAUUAAUCUGCAUCAGAAGCAGAGAUGAGUGCAGUUUAUCCUGAGGAAGGCAGCGUUGAGAAAAAUACUUUGGAUUCAUUACUGCAGGAUUUUCCCAGUGGUCCAUUAGAUUUAUAUCGGAAAAAAGCGUCUUUUAAUUGGAAGGAAUUGGUCUUGUUUUGGGAUGGAGAAGAGAUUAUCAGAGUAAAGCACAAUGUCUUUAGAAUACUUGAAAAUGAUCCACUUUUUGCUCGUCAACCUGGAGAAGAUCUGUCUGUUGCCAAGUAUCGUGAACUGACUUUCCUUCGCUGUAAACGACUGUUUGAAUAUGACUUCUUGAAAUAUGCAGAUGUUGUACAAGAUCCUCUAAAUGGUCUUGCAGUAGUACAUUGUUUAGGAAUGUACGACUGGUCACUGGUUACUGUCUACACUCUAAAUAAACUGAUGUUUGGAGGGACGCUUUUAAAUUCUGGAUCCAGUAGACAUCAUCAGUUUGUAGAGAAGAUAAUAAAUAUGGAGAUCUUUGGAUGUUUUGCUUUGACUGAGUUAAGCCAUGGCAGCAAUGCUAGAGCUAUGAGAACAACAGCAAAGUAUGAUCCAGAAACGCAGGAAUUUAUCAUCAAUUCUCCAGACUUUGAAGCAGCUAAAUUCUGGAUUGGGAACAUGGGGAAAACCGCCACACAUGCUGUUGUAUUUGCACAACUCGAAACUCCCGAUGGAGUCUGUCAUGGUCUUCAUUCUUUUGUUGUUCAAAUCAGAGAUCCAAAGACCUUACUUGCAAUGCCUGGAGUAAUGGUUGGAGAUAUUGGAAAAAAGUUGGGAUUAAAUGGAAUAGACAAUGGAUUUGCUGUGUUCCACAAUGUGAGAAUACCACGAGAAAAUCUCCUGAAUAGAACUGGAGAUGUCACACCUGGGGGAAUUUAUACAACUUCAUUCAAGAAUCCUAAUCAACGAUUUGGUGCUUCACUUGGAGCGCUUUCUUCUGGUAGAAUUACAAUCACAGGGAUUGCAACUUCGAAUCUUAAGCUGUGCUUGACAAUUGGUAUUCGGUAUUCUGCAGUACGUCGUCAGUUUGGACCAACAGACCAUUAUGAAAUACCGCUGCUCGAAUAUCAAUUGCAGCAAUGGCGACUUAUUCCCUUUGUGGCAGCCACUUAUGCGCUAGACCACUUUUUUAAAUCACUGUUCAUAAAAUCUGUUGAAUAUCAAAGAGGAAUGUUGAUGAAGGACAAGAGUGAGAGACAGGCAAAGCUUGGUAAAGAAAUUCAUGCAUUAUCUAGUGCAAGUAAAUCUCUUUGUUCAUGGACAGCACAACAAGGCAUUCAAGAAGUCCGUGAAGCUUGUGGUGGUCACGGCUAUCUUGCUGUGAAUCGUCUUGGAGACAUUAGAAAUGACAAUGAUCCUAACUCUACAUAUGAAGGUGACAAUAAUGUCCUACUACAACAAACCAGCAACUACCUUCUCGGAUGGAUUAAAGCAAAACACCAAGAUCAUGUUACUAUCAAGUCCCCAUUGCAAUCAGUUGACUUUCUGGAAGAUUUGAAUUCUAUUCUUACCCAAGAAUUUACAACAACUAAUGAUGAAUGUCUGGACUGUUCAGUUGCUUUGGCUGCGUACAAAUGGUUAGUUUGCCACUUGUUGCAUGAGAGCUGUAUGAAACUGCAUAAUGAGAAGAAUUUGGGCAAAUCAGACUUUGAAUGCAAAAACAAUAGUCAGGUGUAUUAUUGCAGAACUUCAGCAAUUGUCUUCAUCGAGUACAAUGUGCUGCAAAGAUUUCAUGAUUUUGUUCAUAGUUCUGACACACCAAUCAGCUUACAACCUGUGUUAGAGCGUCUCUGUUCCCUAUAUGGUCUGUGGAGUCUUAAUAAACAUACAGCAGUAUUGUACCAAGGGGGCUAUUUCACCGGUAACAAACCUGGCAGAAGAUUGCAAAAUGCCAUUCUAAAUCUAUGUGCACAGCUGAAGGAUGAUGUAGUGGCUCUUGUGGAUGUCCUUGCACCUCCUGACUUUAUUUUGAAUUCACCAAUUGGGAAAGCUGAUGGAGAGAUUUAUAAAAACCUGUGGGCAGCAGUUCUUCAGGGCAAGAACGUACUUGAGAGACCAUCAUGGUGGGUUGAAUUUUGUGCCAACAAGCCUUCUGUUGGAAGCAUGACGUCAAAACUCUAAUUUAUCAUCUAUUUAGAUACACUGUAUCUAAAGAAAGGAUAUUGAAGGAUGAAUCAGCUGUAAUGCCUAGACCAUGAUGGUCAGGAUUAUUCAAUAUCAUUAGACUGUAAUGCACAGUUAUUCUCUUAUAAUGAUUUACAUGAACGAUUAAACUGAGUCCCAAGGAUAAGUUUCGGAAUGCAUGCUUCAAACAAGAAAGAAAAACUGCAGGGCUGAUGGUAAAAAUUGAUAAAAUUACUCUCCCAAUCUAAACUAUAGAGGAAAUAAAACAAGCAUUUCAUAUGACCCAUUUCUCAUUAACUGUCCCCAGAAUGUUUUGCAACCAAUGGAGUGCAUAUUCAUACUAUUAAGAUAUGAAAAAUGUCAAUUUCUGCAGAGUAAACUCCCAUAAACACAGUGUUCAUACCCAGAUAAUUACUUUUUUUUUGAGUGUGAUGUCAAUUGUAGAAUAAAUAUUUUUGGCGAGAACACUGAUAUAACUCUUCUUUUCUCCAAAAUAAUGUCAUGAGAUUUUUAUGUCCACCUGAGAGGGUAAAUAGGGCCUUCCAAGAGAUGGUACCUCCAAAGAUGCAACGGUCUCUCAACAAUUAUUUAAGUGCUGUACUUUAAAAAUAAAAAAAAGAUAUUAUUUAAAUAGUUCUAAGCCUUAGUUUGGCUUACUUGGUUAAAAAGUCCCACCUAAGUUUGGUCACAGAUUCGAGCCUCACCUCCGAACCUCCACAUUUUGUUUAGGCUGAAACUUCAAUACUAUCAUAAACAGUAGCUAUGUUGUUAGAUUAGAUUAGACUUACAGUGUGGAAACAGGCCCUUCGGCCCAACAAGUCCACACCGACCCGCCGAAGCGCAACCCACCCAUACCCCUACAUAUACCCCUUACCUAACACUACAGGCAAUUUAGCAUGGCCAAUUCACCUGACCCGCACAUCUUUGGACUGUGGGAGGAAACCGGAGCACCCGGAGGAAACCCACGCAGACACGGGGAGAAUGUGCAAACUCCACACAGUCAGUCGCCUGAGGCGGGAAUUGAACCCAGGUCCCUGGCGCUGUGAGGCAGCAGUGCUAACCACUGUGCCACCGUGCUGCCCGUUAGAGGUGUCAUUGUUCAGUUUUGUGAAGCCAGGGUCCUAUCACAUGUUCAUGCAGGUUUAAAGGAUCCCAAGGUGAUACUUGAAGAAGAUUGAGACAACCAACAUAGUUGCCUGUGUAAUAAUAACUAUACACCAGAAGUACAGUAAAGAAUUUCAAAGCUGUGAAGCAUUGUCAGACUUUGCAUGCAAUUUUAAAUUACUACUCGUACUCUUUUAAAUUAUCUGAACUAAAGUAAGAUAACAAGCUAAAAUAAUUAACUUUUAUGUUAUUGUGAAGAAUUUGGAUUUUUUUUCCCAUUGAUUCUUUUAUUAAUACAAUAGCUUUGCUCUGGAAUAGUAGAUAUGAUAAUUAAUGUGAUUGCAAUCUCAAAACCAUGGAAUCAUCUAAUCCCUUCAGUGUGGGAACAGGUCAUUUGUCCUAACAAGUCCACACUGACCUUCCGAAAAACAGCCUACCCAGACUAAUCCCCUGCCCUACCACAUAACCUACAUUUCCCUGUUGUUAAUGCACCCAACCUGCACAUCCCUGAACUCAAUGGGCAAUUUAGCAUGGCCAUUCCACCUAACUUGCACAUCUUUGGAUUGUGGGAGGAAACCGGAGCACUGGGGUAAACCCAAGCAGACACAGGGAAAGCAUGCAAACUCCACACAGACAGUCACCUGAGAUUGGAUUUGCACCUUGAUCCCUGGCACUGUUAGGCAGCGGUGCUAACCAAUGAGCCACUGUGCUGCCCUCUGUCAGGUACAUAUUAUUUGAAUAUAUAGCCCAGUAUACUAACAAAGCAUCAAGGAGUAAUUAAUAAAGUGCAAAAAUAAUUCCAAUAAGAACAAUAAUGUUAUGCUGUGCCAUAUUUGGCCUAGUUAAGUACAAUGUUUGUUUAUUUUGCAUUUUCAUCCGACUCUACAUUUUGUUUGUGUGAAAGUUAAAAAUAAUUAUGAAAUAUUGACUACUAAUAAUGUUCAUGUGAUAUAUUUUUUUUUAUAAUCAGCU